UGCCGGCCUCGUUCCCGGCCUGGCGCCACCUUCCCGCCGGUAGUGGCCUCCCGCGGGAGCUGUCCCAACAGCGGCACUCGAGCUACCUGAGGGCAAUGGGGCUGUCCGAUGGGUCCGGUGAGUUACAGGGCGCCGCCCGAAUUACACGUGUCCACGAAACGUUAGCAGUCCUGUAACCCCCGGCCUAGGUCAGUUCUGAAAGGGAACCGCCGAAUUCCCAGCAGGCAUUUCCCGCCUGCACAGCCUCAGUUUACCGCCUUGCCGAUUUUCCGCAGGUGGUUGUCCAUCAGCAGCGAGGGAUGGGGGCGGGAUCCGGCGCGACCCUAGCUCUUGAGGCGGAAAGUCCCUGGAGCGCUAAUCAGGGGGUCGCAGGGAGGUUGCUGGCUGCCAAGGAGCCCAGGCCCAGGAGGUGCGCCGGCUGGAGGUGCGCCGGCUGGAGGUGCGCCGGCUGGGCGCCUUGGGACCGGGAGACGGACUGCUGCGAGACAGGCUCUCCCCAGGCCGUGGACCAGCGGCGGCCGGAGGCAGCGUGGUUGUGAGCACUCUGGCGCUCGGGGCCCUUGUACCCUCCCAAAGGGCGGGGCCGAGGAUCAAGGCUCCGCCCCCGGGCGCGUGCUGCCCGGUAAAGGGAGGGAGCCCUUUAAGAAGACUUGAGUGAUCUAGAAGGAGGGGAGAGGGGGCCCUGAGGUCUGGCCAGCCCGCGGUGCAGAGAACCGCUGAGGAUCUUCCUUGUACUUGCUCUGCUCCCUCCUCCAACUUGGACACCCGGUUAGAGGCUCUUCCCAGGUGAGUCCUACCCCUCUGGUGGGAUCCUGUCCCCUGGUUGUAGCUGCUUCCAGAUCAGAACUGACGGAUGAAAACUUUCCCCAAAUGCUAGUUCACCCUCCAGAUUUAGCCCACUCCCCGAAAUAUAUUCGCAGAGGAGAGCUGCAUUCCAUAUGGAGUCUCCCCCAGCUCAGUUUCUUCUGAGAGAACUCCCCAGAUGAGGAGAACCUUUUCCCUCCUCCACCCCCUUCUCCCACUACCUCCGAGAGAUUCACCCCCAGGUCAGAACUUGCCUGGCUGGUGAUGGCUCUCUGGGCAGGAUUCCCUCUAGGUUGGAUUGGCUUCUGAAAAUUCCUGUUUCCAGGUGAAUUCUCCCUACUUCAAGUGGGAGCCUGUCUCCGGAGACCACGGGACGCAACAGACACAGGCGCUCCUGUCUGCAGCCCAGGAGAUGGAGCUGCGAAGACGAGACUACCACGUGGAAAGGCCAUUGCUGACCCAGGGGCAGCUAGAGGAUCUGGGGCACUGGGGCCCAGUGUCCAAGACCUACCAGUGGCGAGCCUGGUUUCGAUGCUCCCGUGCUCAGGCCCAUGCUCUUCUGCUCCAUUAUGUUCCAGUCUUGGGCUGGUUACCCCGAUAUCCUGUGCGUGACUGGCUCCUGGGUGAUCUGUUAUCUGGCCUGAGUGUGGCCAUCAUGCAGCUUCCACAGGGCCUGGCCUACGCCCUCCUGGCGGGAUUACCUCCUAUGUUUGGCCUGUACAGUUCUUUCUACCCCGUCUUCGUCUAUUUCCUGUUUGGUACCUCUCGACACAUCUCUGUGGGGACCUUCGCCGUAAUGUCUGUGAUGGUGGGCGGCGUGACAGAAACCUUGACUGCAGAUGAGGCCUUUGUGCAAGGCUUGAAUGCCACGGUUGAUGAUGCCCGAGUGCAGGUGGCCUACACACUCAGUUUCCUGGUCGGCCUCUUCCAGGUGGGGCUGGGCCUGGUACACUUCGGCUUCGUGGUCACCUACCUCUCGGAGCCUCUGGUCCGCAGCUACACCACAGCCGCCUCUGUGCAAGUCCUUGUCUCGCAGCUCAAGUAUGUGUUUGGCAUCAAACUGAGCACCUACUCUGGGCCACUGUCCGUUAUCUAUACAGUGCUGGAGGUCUGCUCAAAGCUGCCGCUGACUGUGCCCGGCACCGUGGUCACGGCACUUGUGGCCGGAGUGGUGCUUGUGAUGGUGAAGCUGUUGAAUGAAAAGUUCAAGCGGCAUCUGCCCCUGCCCAUCCCUGGGGAACUGCUCACGCUCAUUGGGGCCACCGGUAUUUCAUUUGGUGCAAAUCUGAAUCAAAGAUUCCAGAUAGACGUGGUGGGCAACAUCACCACAGGGCUGAUACCCCCAGUGCCACCCAAGACAGAGUUGUUUGCAAAGCUUGUGGGAAAUGCCUUUGCCAUCGCUGUGGUGGGCUUCGCCAUUGCCAUCUCACUCGGGAAGAUUUUUGCCCUGAGGCAUGGCUACCGCGUGGACAGUAACCAGGAGCUGGUGGCCCUUGGCCUCAGUAACCUCAUUGGCAGCUUCUUCCAGUGUUUCCCCGUGAGCUGCUCCAUGUCUCGGAGCCUGGUACAGGAGAGCACUGGGGGCAACACGCAGGUCGCUGGAGCCAUAUCUUCCCUGUUCAUCCUCCUCAUUAUCGUCAAACUUGGGGAACUCUUCCGAGACCUGCCCAAGGCCGUCCUGGCAGCCGUUAUUAUUGUGAACCUAAAGGGCAUGAUGAAGCAGUUCUCUGACAUCUGCUCUCUUUGGAAGGCAAAUCGAGUGGACCUGCUGAUCUGGCUGGUGACCUUUGUGGCCACCAUCCUGCUGAACCUGGACAUUGGCCUGGCGGUUUCCAUAGUAUUCUCCCUGCUACUCGUGGUGAUCCGGAUGCAGCUGCCCCAUUACUCUGUCCUGGGGCAGGUGCCAGAUACGGAUAUUUAUAGAGACGUGGCAGAAUACUCAGGGGCCAAGGAGAUCCCUGGCGUGAAGGUCUUCCGCUCCUCCGCCACCAUUUACUUUGCCAAUGCUGAGCUCUACAGUGACUCACUGAAACAGAAGUGUGGUGUGGACGUUGACCACCUCAUCUCCCAGAAAAAGAAACGGAUCAAGAAGCAGGAGAUGAAGAUGAAGCGGAUGAAGAAAGCCAAGAAGACCCAGAAACAGGCUACCUCUUCCAAGAUCUCCUCAGUUUCAGUCAACGUCAACACCAGCUCCGAAGACAUCAAAAGCAAUGAUGUGGAGGAGGGACCAGCCAAGACCCGCAAAGAUGUGCACCAAGAGGAGGAGCUGGAUAAUGUGGUCGCCAGCAAUCAAGAUGUCAAGGCCCCAACCAUGCCCUCUCUGAAGUCCCUGGGCCUACCCCAGCCAGACUUCCACAGUCUCGUCCUAGACCUGAGCACCCUUUCCUUUGUGGACACAGUGUGCAUUAAGACCCUGAAGAACAUUUUCCGUGACUUCCGGGAGAUCGAGGUGGAAGUAUACAUCGCAGCCUGUUACAGUCCUGUGGUCACCCAGCUUGAGGCUGGACACUUCUUUGAUGACUCAAUCACGAAGCAGCAUCUUUUUGUCUCUGUCCAUGACGCUGUGACCUUUGCCCUCCACAACCGGAAGCCUGGCUCUAAGAGCCCUGUUUUGGCCACCAAACUGUGACUUUACUGCUGGAGAUUACCUACCUCUGGAGGUUGUGACAGGUCACCCUCAUGAAACUCCUGCCUCUAGGCCACCUCCAGGUGCCACCCAAGACUCUGUUCCAUGUACAUGCACAUAUAACUCAUGGAUGGAUGCCUUGGGACUCCAAGUUCAAUGCUAGAGGCCUGGGGCAGGGUAUUGCAGUCAGGCUGGCCCUGGCUGGGUGCUGGAAGGGAGCUGAUGUGGGUUUACAGCUUUGGGAAUAAAUGUGUCUGUCCAA